UAUCCCAAUCAAACGGCCCUAACAUCAAUUCUCCUCCCAGCCUCCCUUCCCACCUCUUCCCGUUAUCAUCCGCUGCAACCUGCUCCUGUGUUCCCCUCUCUCUCGUUCAUGGUUCUAGGGUUUCCAACGAACAACAAAUACCUAAAUUUUCCCUCAACCAAAUCAUGCCUGCAUCCAUCGAAUUCCUUCAAUCCAUCACUCCUCGCAACUUCCACCCCAAUCCGAACUCUUUUUCCAAGGAAUCCACCAGGAGAUCGAUCCUCUUUCCUUAUCGAUCGAGAGAAUACUCCAUAGAACCACCUCGCUUCUCCAAGAACCCAUCUGCUUCCUUCUCAUCCAUCCACGCGAGGCAUAAAGGCAGGGUCUUUGUAGAGGGAUUCGAUGCCUGGGGAGUUCUCCUGAGGAGUCGGAGAUGGGCGGAGGCCACAAGAAUCCGAGCCAACAGCUCCUGCGAGCGGGACAGCGACUCCAAGGCCGGUGCCUCCCCCGAGAAGAAGAACACAGAGAGCAGCCCGCCCACAAAUAACAAAGGCAUCAACAAGCCCUCCAGUCCUCCUCCUCCUUCUUCUUCUUCGUCAUCGUCGUCGUCGUCACCGCGUCGGGAGAAGAAGUGGAAGGGUGGGUGGUGGAAGGGUGGGAGGUGGCAGUGGCAGCCGAUAAUCCAGGCCCAGGAGAUCGGGGUGCUCCUGCUGCAGCUGGGAAUUGUGAUGUUCGCCAUGCGACUGCUCCGGCCGGGGGUUCCGCUGCCGGGUUCGGAGCCGAGGACCCCGACAACCUACAUCAGCGUGCCGUUCAGCGACUUCUUGAGCAAGAUCAACAAGGAUCAGGUGCAGAAGGUGGAGGUUGAUGGGGUUCAUCUCAUGUUUAGGCUGAGGUCGGACGCGGAAAGUGCGGAGGCGGAGACAGGUAGGGGGAGUAGGUCGCAGGAGGCCGAGGCUUUGAUCAGAGGCGUGCCCCCCACAAAAAGAAUCGUGUACACCACUACCCGUCCGGGUGAUAUAAAGACUCCCUAUGAGAAGAUGCUGGAGAACCAGGUAGAAUUUGGCUCGCCGGACAAGCGUUCUGGCGGUUUCUGGAAUUCUGCUCUGAUAGCUCUUUUCUAUAUAGCUUUACUUGCUGCAGUGCUGCAGCGCUUCCCGAUAAGUUUUUCCCAGCAUGCAGCGGGGCAGUUGAGGAACCGUAAAUCUGCUGGUUCUGGUGGAGUGAAAGCAUCUGAACAUGCUGAUAUAGUCACUUUUGCAGAUGUAGCUGGUGUAGAUGAGGCAAAAGAAGAGCUGGAAGAAAUUGUGGAAUUCCUUAGAAAUCCAGACAGAUAUAUACGUCUUGGUGCUCGUCCUCCUCGAGGGGUUUUGUUGGUGGGUCUUCCUGGAACAGGUAAGACACUUUUAGCAAAAGCUGUAGCUGGAGAAGCAGAAGUUCCCUUUAUAAGUUGUUCUGCAAGUGAAUUUGUCGAAUUGUAUGUGGGUAUGGGAGCCUCCCGUGUUCGGGAUCUAUUUGCAAGGGCAAAGAAGGAGGCACCAUCCAUCAUUUUUAUUGAUGAGAUAGAUGCUGUGGCAAAAAGCCGUGAUGGUCGAUUUCGCAUUGUCAGCAAUGAUGAGCGUGAGCAGACACUCAAUCAGUUGCUUACAGAGAUGGAUGGAUUUGAUAGCAGCUCUGCUGUCAUUGUCCUUGGAGCAACAAAUCGUGCGGAUGUCCUGGACCCUGCACUUCGUCGUCCUGGAAGAUUUGAUCGUGUGGUGAUGGUGGAAACUCCUGAUAGGUUUGGAAGAGAAGCCAUUUUAAAGGUUCAUGUAAACAAGAAGGAACUUCCUUUAGGAGAUGAUGUAGAUCUUAGCGAAAUUGCAUCAAUGACAACUGGUUUUACUGGAGCAGAUCUAGCAAAUUUGGUAAAUGAAGCUGCUUUAUUAGCUGGUAGAACAAGCAAAGUUGUUGUGGAAAAGAUUGACUUUAUCCUGGCAGUUGAACGUUCGAUAGCUAUGGCAUCUAUCCAACUGUCUCCUGUGGUGACUAACAAGAGCAACCAUGCACCUUUCAAGUUGCCAAAUACUCGCUUUUUACUUGGAUUUGGAUCAGCCAGGCAUUCUUCAAAUGUGUGGGAUAAGGAAAUGUACUACAAUUCCAUGAGAUCCACGGUUAAAGCCUCCCUGACCUUUGAUCAUUCGAUUGCUGAGUCUGCAAAAACCCAAAAGAAGAGGCACACUGUUGAUCCUGCAGCUCCUGAUUUUCUUCCAUUUCCUUCUUUUGAAGAGUGCUUUCCGAAGAGUACCAAAGAAUACAGGGAAAUUGUUCAUGAACAAUCUGACCAUGCCCUUAAAGUUCCAUUUCGACGCAUCCAUCUGUCUGGGGAAGACCGGUACUUUGAUACAUAUGAUACCAGUGGCCCACAGAAUAUAAGUCCACGUGUGGGUCUUCCCAAAAUAAGAACAGACUGGGUUGACAGGCGGGAAAGUUUGGGUGGACCAAGAUACACCCAGAUGUUCUAUGCUAAACAGGGAAUUGUAACAGAAGAGAUGUUGUUUUGUGCCGCUCGUGAGAAACUUGAUCCUGAAUUUGUGCGGUCAGAGGUUGCACGUGGACGUGCUAUAAUUCCUUCUAAUAAGAAGCAUCUUGAGCUUGAGCCUAUGAUAAUUGGGAGGAACUUCUUGGUCAAAGUGAAUGCAAAUAUUGGGAACUCAGCUGUGGCGAGCUCUAUCGAGGAAGAGGUGCAUAAGCUUAAAUGGGCAACAAUGUGGGGAGCUGACACAGUCAUGGAUCUCUCAACAGGUCGUCAUAUCCAUGAGACUCGUGAAUGGAUCCUACGAAACUCUGCGGUGCCGGUUGGGACUGUGCCUAUCUACCAAGCACUGGAGAAAGUGAAUGGCAUUGCUGAAAAUCUUAACUGGGAGAUUUUUAGGGAUACUCUGAUUGAACAAGCCGAGCAGGGUGUUGACUAUUUUACCAUCCAUGCUGGGGUGCUGCUUCGCUACAUUCCUCUUACAGCAAAAAGAAUGACCGGCAUUGUUUCACGUGGAGGAUCAAUUCAUGCAAAAUGGUGCUUGGCUUAUCACAAGGAGAACUUUGCUUAUGAGCACUGGGAUGAUAUACUCGACAUAUGCAAUCAGUACGAUGUGGCAUUAUCUAUUGGCGAUGGGUUGAGGCCUGGUUCAAUUUAUGAUGCCAAUGACACUGCUCAGUUUGCAGAACUUCUGACACAAGGGGAGCUGACACGUCGAGCAUGGGAAAAGGAUGUGCAGGUAAUGAAUGAAGGACCUGGACAUAUUCCAAUGCACAAAAUCCCAGAAAAUAUGGAAAAGCAAUUGGAAUGGUGUAAUGAGGCACCUUUUUAUACACUUGGUCCUCUAACGACUGAUAUUGCUCCUGGAUAUGAUCACAUCACCUCAGCAAUUGGUGCUGCUAACAUUGGAGCCCUUGGUACUGCACUUCUUUGUUAUGUAACACCUAAGGAACACCUUGGGUUGCCGAAUCGUGAUGAUGUGAAGGCAGGUGUGAUAUCAUACAAGAUAGCUGCCCACGCAGCUGAUUUAGCAAAAGGUCACCCACAUGCACAGGCAUGGGAUGAUGCAUUGAGCAAUGCAAGAUUUGAGUUUAGAUGGAUGGACCAGUUUGCUUUGUCUUUAGACCCUAUGACUGCUAUGGCUUUCCAUGAUGAGACCCUGCCAUCAGAGGGUGCCAAGGUGGCACACUUCUGUUCUAUGUGCGGGCCCAAAUUUUGUUCUAUGAAAAUAACAGAAGAUGUGAGGAAGUAUGCUGAGGAGCAUGGAUAUGGGACAGUGGAGGAAGCUGUGAAACAUGGAAUGGAUGCUAUGAGUGCUGAGUUUCUGGCUGCAAGGAAAACUGUUAGUGGGGAACAACAUGGCGAAGUUGGUGGAGAAAUCUAUGUGCCCGAGAGUUAUGCUCAUCAAUCAAGGAACAAUUAAAAAUAUUUUCAUCAUGGUAUGCUUUGAAAGGAGCUAGAGCAGUGGGCGCUGUCUGGAGUCGUGAUUGGUGAAUAACAAUCCUUAGAUUGGGAUGUGAGUAAGAACAUGUGCUUAGCAGUCAAAUAAUUCAAACAUCUCUUUUUCUUCAUCAUUGUGGUUAUAUCUAAGCCUUGCAGUAAUAAAAUAUACAUUUUAUGUUCCUUA